AUGGUUAAUAGAUUACAGGUCGGCCAUCAAUGGCAGUCGACAGUUAGUGUCGAUAAUCUAAAUAAAUCCAAUAAUAACGAUAAUAGGACUCAACAAUUUAUGGUAAUGUUUCCAUCGUUGCCAACUAUAAACUAUCGUCAAUCGCCUAAACUAUAUCUAACAGAAUUUCUGUGUCUAAUGGCCAGUAUAUUGAGUCUAUGUUUAUUAUUAUUAGUUGUUUGUAUACUACCGGUGCAACCAGUAUUGCAGUCUAACAGCACACCCACCCAUACCCACACCACUACCGCCACCAAUGGUACCAAUUGGAUAGUAUUAGUUGCCGGCAGUGCUGGUAUUGCCAACUAUGGUGACCAGGCUAAUGUCUAUCGUGCAUAUCACGCUGCACGCGCGCACGGUGUACCCGAUAAAAAUAUUAUCGUAAUGUACACGGAUGAUAUUGCCUAUAAUAAACAAAACCCGACACCCGGUAUUGUAAUCAAUGAACCCAAUGGUCCCGAUGUCUAUAAUGGUGUACCCAAAGAUUAUAUAGGCGAUGAUGUCAAUCCUAUUACAUUUUUGGCACUACUGCGCGGCGAUCGGACACUUGAACGCAAUCAUAAAAAAGUUGUCAAAAGCGGUCCAAACGAUAACAUUUUCAUCUAUUUUAUUGACCAUGGUAGUCCAGAUGAGGUACGAUUCCCACAUGCAAAAUUAUUUGGCGCGGAAUUAAAUGCAGCCUUACGUGAUUUAUAUGAUCGAAAAUUGUUCAAUAAAUUAGUAUUCUAUUUGGAAUCAUGCGAAUCUGGAUCAAUGUUUGAAAAAUAUUUGCCCAACAAUAUCAACAUUUACGCUACUACAGCUGCCAAUCCUAAAGAGCCUAGUAUGUUUAUGUAUUGUGACGAUAAAAUUCGGCCAUUUUGUCUAGGUUCAUACUAUAGUAAUAGUUGGCUAGACAAUUGGGAACAUAUGGACAUCUAUACGGAGACAUUACAACAACAAUAUGAUUAUAUACGCAGUCAUACUAAUAAAUCGCAUGUAAUGCAAUAUGGCGAUUUAUCCAUUGCUAAAUUACCAGUAUCAUAUUUUCUAGCUGGUCCAAAAUAA